AUGUCUGGCGCUCGGAGGAGGGGCGGCGCCCCUUGGCACAGUUUCUCUCGGUUCUUCGCUCCCCGAAGCCCUUCGCGGGACAAGGAAGAGGAAGAGGAGGAGAGGCCCAGGACCAGCCCGCCGCCCGCUCCGGCUCGGGGCGCUGCCAGUGUUGAAAAUGAGCCUGUGAGCACAAGUCAGAAAAAGGAAAAUGUGCUUUCAUCAGACGCUGUAAAGUUUUCCCAAAGUGAAGACAGAAGAAACCAUGCUGAGAAGCUAAUCACUCCUCCAAAGCAGGAAGAUUCCAAAAAGUCAAAUGACCUUCCAAGUUCCACCUCAGACCUCAAGAUAGGAGAAAGCGAUCGCCAGCCAAAAGAAAGCUUUUUUCAGUUUCUUGGAAACUUAUUCAAUAUCUCAGGCAGAACAUCCCUUGGUGAAACUAAGCAGUCUUCUUUCAAAGAUGACCAAGACAAAACUGAGAGAGAUUUGCAGAGUCCCGGUGACCAUCCUGGGGAGGGCACCAAGCAGGAGAGGGAUGUCUUUUGCGACUCCCCGGGAACCCAGGCACUUCCAGUGGAAGAACAAGAGUCCACCUCCACGGAACUCUCUGAAGCCUUUUCUUUGGAUACUACACAAGACAGUGAGCAAGAAAUCGGUGAUGUGCCAAAACAAACAGAUGAUAAGCUAGAGAGGCCUUCAGUAACAUAUGCAACGUAUCGAGGCCCCAGACAGAUUAAGAAAUAUUUGAAACAACAAACUGCAUUAGAAGUUGUGGCUCCCUUGGAUAGAGAAGAUGAAAGUUCUGAUUCUAGUACGAACACACAUAUUGGUCCCAGAAGUGAGAGUGAGACUGGGUUUGUGCCAGUGUUGUCAUCAGCUGACACAGCUAGAUCAGUGAAAGGACAUGUGCUGGACAGCCCCAUGGAAGACUUUGACUGUUGCAGAAUAAAUCUCAACACAGAGAGCCAUCAGACAGACAACUCAGAACUGCUCAAAACUGCUGCUUCUAAAGAAGUUUUAAAUAAAACUGAUUUUGAAGGACCUGAGAGAAAUAGGUCAUCCCCAUCUUUUGUGAUUCGCCCCAGCUCUGCAGCUAAAGAAUCUGACUCACAGCAUCAUUUAAGAUGUAUACCAGUUUCUCAAACUGACAGAACUAAGAUAUGUUCAGCACUGUUUGCCAGAAGUAACAGCAGCAUAGUUUCUUCCAGUCCAGAUUUUCAGUGGACAGGAGCAGCUGAGAUGGCAGUGAAAAAAAAGGACUUUGUGAUGAGUGACAAGACAUUGGGGCAAAGAGAAGAGGUUGCUGGAUUUGAAGAACCUAAUACUUCUGACUUCCUUUGUAGUAAACCUGAUGAAAGUGAUACUACUAAACAGGAAAGUAUGAAUUUGCCAAGUUCAAAUAAAUCAAUUAGGCAUGAAGGUCUGCAGUUGCCAGAGAGUAAGUGUUCUGACAAGCAGACAGUAAGUAACUCAUCAAAGCAGGCUGCCAGUCACACUAGCAUCAUUGCUCCUCAGAGACGUGCUGUGACAGACACAGAACUUGUAAAUGAAGGAAGUAGGUUGUCAGCCCAAGAUUCAGAGAAAAAUUUGGGUGUUAUGGAAAUCAGACAAGAAACAGAAACUGCCUCAAUUUGUGAACCCACAGCUUCGAGUCAUGUAAAAGCAACAAGAGACAAACUAGAGCCUUUUCCCAAAGAUAGUGAUCAGUUUGUAACAAAAGCCAAAAAGCUUGACUUAAGACCACAUGGCAAAAUGCCUCACAAUAUUAGACUAAAGCAAAAGGAUUUGGCCUCUGAAAAAUGGAUCCAUGAAUCAGAAGUUGUCACAUGCUUAGAAAGUAAAAGAGCACCUGAACUGAAUGUUCACCUUAAUAGAAAUCACAUUUCAGAAUCGCUUCCUGACUGUGAAAGUCAGCAGCAAGAAAAACUAUUACCAGAUGCCAGAAAGUCUCCUACCCUUGACUGUAAAAAAUCAAAUCUCAAUACUUCAUCUCCUACCUUUUCUUCUGGCGCUGACAUGAUAAGCAAGUUGGUUAAUCCUGUUUUAAAGAACGAAGAGUCCUCUGUGCUCAUUACAAGUGGAGAUGUGAGCAUUGUUGGUAUUGCCACGCAAUCUAACAAUUGUCAAAAAGAGAAUGUGGGAAGUCAUGUUGAGGUUGCAAGCAGCAAAAGUCCUCCCACUUGCCUUCACCGUGAGCUUGCACCUGCAGUUGAAUCCAAAGAAGUUCUUUCUGAGAGUCAAAAAUGUCACAUGCCUCUAGAUCUUGAAGCCAUUGACACCCUUCUAACUGGAGUGGACUCAAGAUUUGGGUCCACAUGCCUCUCUAAGGUUCACAGGUCCAUCUCACCCCAAGAUACUAAUAAAGCAGAGUCAGUGCUUUCAAAAACUGUAUCAAGUAAGAGCACUGCAGAGAAGUCUAAGUCUCUUUCCUUAAGAACCAAAACUGGUAAUGUUGCUACAAUUUUAUCACAAGCUGAGGUUGAUGUUCAGAGCAGUACUCUUGUUGAGUCUCAUUCUGGAAAAGAGAAAACAGUAGCCCUCUCCAAGUUAUCUGUGUCCCAGAAAGAGCCCAAAAACAUUAAACAGGAUAAAAUUUGUUCUCCGUGCAGAAUGACAGAUGUGCCAGCCAAGUUAAUUUUAUCAGAAUCAACUUCCCUAAAGGUUGAACAUGACAGAGCUGUUCAAUUAAUGGAUCAUAGUCAGGUUAAAGAGAAAUAUUCAGACUCUGGCCUUCUAGAGAAUUGCCAAACUGAGGUUUCUCUGUCUGCCACUAGCUAUCAAGGGAAACAGGGAACAGAAGUCAUAGAUAAUUCUCCUGAUUGUCCCCAAAGUAACACAUCUGAGAUUUUGCCUCCUGUUCAUGAUGAAAAAGUCACUGGUCAAAUGGCUAAGAAUUUUGAAGCCAGUGCUUGUCAACCUUCAGCUAUUUGUGGGACUAAAGAGAUUUCUGGUUUGUCAGAAAUGGCAGAACUCAGCUUAGUUAAUAUUUUCCCCAAAUUCCAAGAAACUGAUAUCACAAAAGUAAAUUCAUCUUUUCUGGGUUCCGAUAUCAGUAUGGAAAAAAAUACUUUUGCAUCUGAAGAGACAAGCUUUUCAAAUAUGCCUUCUGUUUUGACAUCAGGAAAGAUAGCCUCAUCUCACAGAGUGAAACAGAAUACUGAUUUCCUGAGUGGUGGUUUUGCUCGCUUGUCUUGCAGUAACUCUGAAGAAGUUAGCUCACCUACUCUCCCAAAUAGCUUUGGUCCUGUGCAAGUUACCGUAGCUGUCACACCUGAAGGUGCCACCUCAGCUAAUCUGGUGAACACUAACAACUCCUACUUGGAAUUUGAAACGUCUGUCCCCACAGGGGCAGAAGUGACCCUUUUGCAGGAACAUUUUGAGAAUCAUACUACAAAGGCAUCUCUUGAUUGCCCAACUGCUACCCAAUUUGAUAAUCCUGUGGAAGCAGUUGCUGGUGCUCCAGCGUCAGUUAACAGCUCAAGCCAGCAGUGUUCUGAAGCAUCUUCUGAGAGUGUAGAAGAAACCAGAAAGAGAGCGCAUGACCCACAUUUAGAUCUCCAAAGUGGUUUACAUAAAAAGGCUGAUAUAUUGAUUGGUGAGAUUUUUGAUUUUGUCAGGAAAGAACUAAACUCCAAACACACAGUUGGUACCUGCCAGGAGCCUGUAGUCAUAGAUAGCGUAAUGAAUCCAAGUGCUCUGAAAGAAGACAUCCUUGAGAAAAGCCCAUCAGAAAUGACACUGACAGGGGCCCAGCUGGCAGAGCAUUUGGAAAAGCAGGACAUGGACAUGCCACAAGCCAAAGGGGAAGAAAAGGCCAGUGUUUCACAUGCAGUUGGUGAGAAGAGUCUCCUUUUUGGUUCUGAUAGAAAGAGUGUGUCUCGUUUGGUAGAAGACCAAGCUAGGGAAUUAGUCAAUGAAAUUAUUUGUUCAGUACAAGAAAGUCUGAUAAGUGAUGUUUUUGAAGAUACUGAGGAUACCUGGCAUUCUGAACUUCAGGCUAGUACGUCAAAAAUUCUGAAUAGUGAUAGUGUUAACCCGUGUGAUAUAACAAGGAAAUUUUUGGUAUCAGAGCAGGCAGUAAAUGAAAGCACAUGUGAAGUAAGUGGGGAACUACUAGAUAAAUUCUUCUCUGUAAGUAACUUACUUAGUGGCACAGAGACAAUUAAAGGAAAAGAAGUUAUUCUCCAUCAAAAAUCUGCAUUAUCUGAAAAGGGAGCUAGACAGUCUGAUAGUGUAAGUUUGCAGGAAACAGAUACUGUUUUAUUAGCAGAAGACAUGCCCCAGAAUGAGUCAGAUGAAGUAAAAACACACUUAUUUCUCAAAGAGGACUAUAAAGAGAAAGUGGGAACAGAGUGCAUGGACAGUCACAAAACUGGGACAGAGGAUACAAGAACUGCUUUUUUAAAUUUCACAUGGCCUUCAUUUGCCAAUGAUGACCUACAUGUACCUGGGACAUCCAAAAGCAGUUUGUCUGAUAGCCACGUAUGUAUAUCUGAUAAAAAUUUCCCAGGUCACAUCAAUAAAAGCACACCCCUUGCCAUGUCAGAAGUAGGGAAGGUACACAAGAAAGAUACUGAAGUAAACAUGGGGAAAAUUGACCUUAUACCUUCCAUGUUAGAAAUGGGGAAAACAAUCAGAAAGGAUGCUGAACUGAAUGUCACAAAGAUUGAGCCAACAGCUGAUGUUUUUAAAAUGGGAGAAGCAUACCAAAGGGAUGCUGAGAGGUAUAUUGAAAAAACUGAAGGGCUACCUGUCAUUUUAGGAGUGGAAAAAGUUUAUAAGUUGAGGGAUAGUGAAGGAGAUAUUAGCAAAACUGAUGUGAUGCCUGUCAUCUCAGAAGUGAAAAGUAUCUAUCAGAAAGAUAAUGAGGGACUUACUGGAAAGACUGAAAUACUAUCUGUUACAUUAGAAAUGGACAGUAUUUACCAAAAGCAUGCUGAAGGGGAUGUUGGCAAGACCGUAGUAGCAUCAGUUACAUCAGAAAUGGAAAAUAUCUACCAAAAAGGGAUAGAGGAAAUUACUGAAAAGACUUUAGUGACACCUGUUACAUUAGAAAGGGAAAAUACUUACCAAAAGGAUGUUGAAGAGGUUAUGGACAAUAUGAAAGAGACUCCCAUUAUGUCAGAAGGGGCAAGUAUCUGCCAAGAAGCUUCUGAGGGGAUCACAGGACAGACUGAAAGACCUAUGUUGGAAAAGCAAAAUAUAUGCCAAAAGUUCAUUGACCAGGGUAUUGGGAACACUGAAAUGGUGCCUGUUGUGUCAAAAGUGAAAGAAGCAAAUACCAAGACAGCACCUGCCUCACAAGUAGAAAAAACCUUUGAGAUUGAUGCUGGAGAGACCGUUGGAACAGUUGUGCCUGUACCCUCUAUGCUAAAAAUAGAAAGAAUAGCCCCUGAAGAUUCUGAUGUGACUAUUGGGAAACAUGAGGUGGUAAACCUGCAGAAGACACAUGAAACCAGCCUGGGGUUGCCAGUUAUGCAAGCAGAGGGUAUGUCUUCCAUGUCCAAAAUGGAAAAGGCACCCCAAGUGUAUGAUGAAGAGAAUGCUGGAGAAAUGGAGGAAGAUUCCAUGGAAAUAAAAGAAGGCUUGAUAGCUCAUGACAAUAGGCUUGCUUCGUAUUUCAGGGGCUAUGAAUCACCUACAUUAAGUAAGGACUAUGAAGGUUACCCAGCCUUAGCAUUGCCAGAUUUUCAACCCCAGGAUAUGAGAGAAAAGCUCGACAAAAGCAAGUCUGUGACUGCAGUAGAUAAGAAAACAAAAGAUCUCGUUUUUAAUAAUGAAAAAGAACCCAACCUAGGGUUCACUUCUCAGGAUGAACAAGAAAAUUCUUCCUUUACUAUAUUAUAUGAAGAACCUCUUCAAGAGGAGGACAGGUGCAUUUUUACAGAAGUAAGAACACACUCUCUCCCGUUUCCUGAUACAGCCCCUGAAGACAUUCCUGUUUACGCAUGUGAAAGAUCUGAGAGUAGAACUGACCUCAUCCAUCAUUUUGAAAAGGAAGGUAAAUUAGGUGAGAUGUUUGAUAGUGAUAAUUCAGAAAUGUUCUUGUCAGUGGAAGCCAAAAGGUACAAAAUUUAUCCCUUAGCUUUGUCUCCCAUUUAUGAGGAUGAUAGCUCUCAGGAGGACGUCAUAUCCAGUGAGGUCUCACCUGGUCAUCAAGGCUCCACGAAAUCAAGAGAGAGUGCAAACCAGCCCUCUUCCAUUCUGUCACUUCUGCAGUCAGUGUCAGAGCGUUUAAAGAUGAAUUUUGAUGAUGACAGGCAGGAGGUAGGGGAAGAAGAGGAAGAUGAGGAAGAGGAGGAAUCAUUGCAUAUAGGAAGUCUGAGAGCUAGCCGGAAAGAAACUGUUACCUUCAAGCUGCCAGAUCCUUCUACUCCAUUUAACCCUGACGAUGUCGAGGAAAAGACUGAAAUUUCUAAAAAUUCAUGUGUAAUACCGAACGAACCUACUACCUCCAAUCUACACGUUGGUCUGUGGUCAGAAAAGAACACUUGUCUACAAAAAUCUGACCUGACUUCUAAACUGCAUUCGUCCUUAAAGAGUGCUUAUCAUCAGUAUUUGCAGACUUCUAAAACCCAUUCCUCUGAAAAAGGAGCUAGAUUUGGUGGGGUUUUUCAGGAACCAGUGUCAAAAUAUUUCCGUACUCAAGACAACUCAGGCAGAUUAAACCUGUUUACAGAGAAUGUUGACAGACAAACUCUGAGGUAUAACCCAAGACCUGGCAAGAUGGUUAUCUAUGAUGUCGAUGGAAGUAAAUAUAAACAAGAGAUCUACUGUAACAUUCCCGAUGCUACAUCAUGGUCCUUUCCAAAUGGGGUACUGAUAAAAGUUGUAAGGGGCUGUUGGAUUUUAUAUGAGAAACCACAUUUCCAAGGUCAGAAAUGUGUGUUAGAAGAAGGAGAAAAGGUGUUAAAUCGGGACUGGAUCCUUCAGAACAGAAAGCACCCACAAAGAAACUUUGUAUUGGGCUCUAUCAAGCGUGUUUUAAAGGACUGCAGCAUUCCUGAGAUAGUACUUUGUGCACAGUCUGAUUCAGCUUGUUGCCCUGUCUACAUCCAGCGAGCAGUCCCCAAUUUGGAAGAGUUGAAUAUCCCCAAAUCUGUGUCCUUUACUGUGAAGUCUGGAGUUUGGCUUGCCUACCCAGAUAUUAAUUUUAAGGGACAAGCUACCAUUUUAGAGGAAGACCAAGGACUUUUUGAUAUUUCUGCAGCGGAAAUGAAAUCAUUGCGUCCACUUCAAGUGGGUGGAUUGAAAGUGGAAAUGCCUAUGAACUUAAAAGUUAUUAUUUAUGAAAAAACUCACUUCCGUGGACAGGCAAGAGAGUUUAGUGAACAUAUAGACUCUGUCCCUAAUUUUCUAAAAAAUGAAUUGGACUUUUGUGGAAUUGGAUCAAUUCGUGUCAUCGGUGGAGUGUGGGUUGCCUAUGAGAAAGAACAUUUUAAAGGCCAGCAGUUCUUGCUUGAAGAAGGCGAUUUUGAAGACAGUAAUGCCUGUGGGGCAUUAAGUGGUCCCAUCUUGUCUUUCCGGUACUUACAAGCUAAUUUUAUAGAAUCUUCUGUCACACUCUUUGAAUCUGACCUAGAAAGUGGGAAGUUUAUUGACAUUACCAAUCAGGAAGUUUCUGACUUAGAAGAAAUUGGCUUUGGCAGUGAAACAGGAUCCAUUCACGUUAAAAGUGGAGUAUGGGUUGCCUACCAGCAGAAGUUCUUCUGUGGAGAACAGUACAUUUUAGAGAAAGGGAAAUACAAGUGCUUUUUUGAUUGGGGAGGUUCAAACAAUAUAAUCAUGUCAAUACGACCUAUCCAACUGGAACCACUCGGGAUAAAUGAGCCUCCACAUUUGCUCAAAGCAUUCAAUAAACCAGGAUUCCAAGGUGAAUGUGUGGAUUUCACAAAAGAAAUUUUGGAUUUGACUUCAUUCACACCAUAUUCUUUUAAAGUUCUUCGGGGUUGCUGGCUCCUGUAUUACCAAGAAGAAGGUUCUGAUAAUCAGUGUGUAUUAGAAGAAGGCCUCUAUGCUGAUCUUACUUCCUGUGGCUGCCCAGCAUCUAGAGUCACAUCCCUCAAGCCCAUUGACCACGUUUUUGAAGAACCCUCCAUCAGCCUUUUUGCUUUGGAACAUUGUGAGGGAAGAGAGUUACACCUAGAAGAGGCUGUGAACUCUGUUCUGAACAAGGACCUGCACUUCUACACACAGUCUGUGUGGGUGAAAAGUGGACUAUGGAUAGCUUAUGAGGGAUCCAAUUUCUUGGGACGACAAAUACUACUUGAGCCCAAUGAGAUCCCAAAUUGGACAGCAUUCAGUGGAUGGAAAACCAUUGGUUCACUCCGCCCUAUGAAGCAGCCUGCAGUGUACAUCAGAAUAAAGAACCGAGCCCAGGAUGAGUAUCUGACCGUCACUGGAAAUACUGCUGACACCAGGGCUUCGUCCGUGUGCAUUUCUCCCUACAGUGGAAAGAACAAUCAGAUCUGGCACUACUGCCGGGGACUCUUUAAAUCCAAGGCCAGUGAUACAUGUCUCGAUGUGAUUGGUGGCCGGGAUACACCCGGGGCUAAAGUGGCCUUGUGGACUGAGCAUGGGCAGUUCAGGCAGAAGUGGAGACUGAACAGAAAUGGAACCAUCAGCUCUUAUCUCAGUGAUCAACUGGUCCUUGAUGUUAAAGGAGGAAAUUAUUAUGACAAGACUCAUGUUAUUGUAAAUCAGCCCCUGGAGGGAGAAGAUACACAGAAAUGGGACAUUGAAAUAUUAUGAGAAUCCACAAUCUCUCUAGAAAGAGCAAAGGAAGGAAAUUUGUUUCAUGGGAAGGAAGCCUCUUGUCCUCACACUCCUGGAUCACUGAGUGGAAUGAACUUUGUCCCCAAGACUAUCUGUUAUUUAUCCAGUGAAGACUACAUUAUGAUUUCUGGGAGAAAGGUUCUGUUCCUCCUGGAUCUCCAGUUUUGGUGAGCGUUUCAUGAGGCUGUUUUUUUUUCCUUUCUGUCCAUCAAACAUGAAUCCUAGUAGUGACAGC